GGCUGCGCCUCGGCGCGUCCUUCCGGGCGGGAGCACCGCCCCGAACCGGAGGGCCCGUAAGUGAGGAGGCAGGAGCCGGGGUGAUGUCGGAACCGGUGCGCAGCGGGACCCCGGCGGGUUCCCUGCCCGUCAGCCGCUUAGCUGAGCCGCUGCUCCGGAGGCUCAGCGAGCUGCUGGACCGAGCGGCGCCCGGCAAGGGCUGGCGGGACCUGGCGCAGCGAGCGGGGAGCCGCGGCAGGGUCCGGCUGAGCCCUCUGGAUUUAGAGCAGUGUUCCCUCAAGGUGCUGGAGCCAGAAGGAAGUCCCAGCUGGAGCCUCCUGAAGCUGCUGGGAGAUCGGGGCUGCACUGUGGUGGAGCUGGUGGAGUUCCUGCAGGCACUGGAGCACACGGAGGCUCUCCAGUGCCUCAGCCACUCAGGUAUAAAGAUUGUUGUGCAGCCCGACUCUCAAGCAGUGCUCUCUGGGCAGGUCGUCAAGCUAUGCUGCUGGGCAACAGGGCACCCAUUUGUGCACUACCAGUGGUUCAAACAGGAAAAGGAGGUUCCCCACGGCAAUUCUCCAGAGCUGGUUUUGAAUCCGGUGAGUGUGAACGAUUCGGGGUUUUACAUCUGCCGAGUGAACAGCGAGUCUGCCUUUGUGUUCAGCCGCUGGGCACGACUUGACGUUUGUGAUCUCCAGGGCUCCUCUCAUGGGAGCUUAAUUGGUUUGCCCGAGAACAAGUUGCGCAUUUGUGUUCAGCCUCAGCCACAAAACCUAGCAGUGGGGGAUGCUUUGGUACUAGAAUGUGGAGCUGUGGGAAACCCAAUUCCCCAUUACCAGUGGUUCCGAAAUGGAUUUCCCUUGGCAAAUGGGAGCAAAAAUGUCUACACAGUAACUUACGUGGACGUGGAACAUCAGGGGACAUACUGGUGUCAUGUAUACAAUGACCGGGAAGAUCAAGACAGCCAGAAGAUAGAAGUCAUUAUAGAAGAUCUAAGUGAUCUUCAAAAACCAGGAGACCUGCAAGAACAAUCACAUCACAGACCGGUUGCCACAGACAAGGUAGCGCUGUUAAUAGGAAACAUGAGCUACUGGAAUCACCCCCGGCUCAAGGCUCCCAUGGUGGACGUCUAUGAACUGACUAAUUUGCUAAGACAGCUGGAUUUCAAAGUUGUUUCUUUGCUGGAUCUCACCGAGUCCGAGAUGCGAAACGCAGUGGAUGAGUUCUUACUUCUCCUGGACAGAGGAGUGUACGGUCUGCUGUACUACGCGGGCCACGGCUACGAGAACUACGGGAACAGCUUCAUGGUUCCUAUUGAUGCCCCAAACCCCUACCGGUCGGCAAACUGUCUGUGUGUGCAGAACAUCCUCAAACGAAUGCAGGAAAAGGAGACGGGACUGAACGUGUUCCUCCUGGAUAUGUGUCGGAAAAGAAACGAAUAUGAUGACACAAUUCUUAUCUUAGAUGCCCUGAAGGUUACGGCCAACAUUGUUUUUGGAUAUGCAACGUGCCAAGGAGCAGAAGCUUUUGAAAUUCAGCAGUUGGGGCUGGCCAAUGGAAUCUUCAUGAAGUUCUUGAAGGACCGUCUGUUAGAAGACAAGAAGAUCACUGUGCUCCUGGAUGAGGUUGCAGAAGAUAUGGGCAAAUGUCACCUUACCAAAGGCAAGCAAGCGCUGGAGAUCCGCAGCAGCCUGUCUGAGAAGCGGGCAUUAACUGAUCCCAUCCAACAGACCGUCUCUUCUGCAGAGUCUCUGGCACGGAACCUGCAGUGGGCCAAGGCUCACGAGCUUCCAGAAAGUAUGUAUCUGGAAUUCAAAUGUGGAGUUCAGAUCCAGCUGGGGUUUGCAGCCGAGUUCUCCAACGUCAUGAUAAUUUACACGAGAAUAGUAAAGAAGCCACCUGAAAUAGUAGUUUGCAGAGCCUAUGUCACAGACUUCCCACUCGACCUGGAUGUGGAUCCUAAGGAGGCCAAUAAAGGGACUCCCGAGGAAACUGGAAGCUAUUUAGUAUCAAAGGAUCUUCCCAAGCACUGCCUCUACACCAGGCUCAGCUCACUGCAGAAACUACGGGAACACCUGAUUUUCACUGUUUGCUUACACUAUGAGUAUCCAGGAAUAGAAGAUACAAUGGAUGAAAGAAAGGAAGUUAACGUUGGGAAGCCCCUUAUUGCUAAAUUAGGCCUUCAUCAUGGAUUCAAAGCCAGUAACUGUCUCCAGACCUGUUGCGUGGCUAAUAACCCUUUCCAUAAUCAAAUCGAAUCGAGUCCAGCGGCAGCUCAGUACUACGUCCCCACUCAUUGCCAGCCCAGCUCCUGUCCGGGCAUUUACCAGCCGACCCGUGUUUGCCCAGGCAGUGCCAGGCGACCUGAGGUGUGUUCCUGCAACGGGACUUCACAGAUAUUAGCUUCAAGGCAUGAAGUACGGGAUUACUCCCCCGCAGUGGAGAACAGUAAUGUACCAGUAGAGACUACAGAUGACACUGUGGAACUGGAAUUCCUUCUCUCAGACAGCCUCAGCUUCUCCAAACAGCAGUAGCUGCGAUGUCAGAAAAGACCAGAGCAUCACGUUGAGCAGGGGACCUUCCACGCUGCUCGUCCACCUUCGGGAGCUCGGGGGCUUCAGGACAGCAGGGCUGGAGGUGGUACUGGAAAUCAGGUUACGAUGAACAUUUUUCACACCCAGAGAGAUGUAGCUGGACUGGUAGAUUUAGAAGUGAAAAAGUCUUGAUUUAUAUUUUUUUUCUCCUACCGUGUGGCAUUUGAUAGAGGGAAAAACCUGAGGUUGGCAGAGGUUGCUGUUCCACUCUCUGGCAAUCAAGCAGCUGACGAGCAGAGGGAGGAGGCUGCCCCCCUCCAUCAGGGGCCCAAUGCAGAAAAGCCUGGCUGUGGGGUCUGAGGUUCUCUUGAGACAGUGAAGCCUUGGCUCUUCCCAGCUCCCUCUCCAGUCCCUACUGGAGUUACAAGAUUUACUGUAAAUGCAUGUUUCACAAAUCUGUUUUCAGAGGGGAAUUGCUCAUUCUAUACAGAACAGGACAAACAGGUAUAGCUGUCUGAGGAAAAAAUACUGACAGAAUUAGGAAAAUUAAUUUCUAUGUCCCCUAUGAUUUAACAUGAUUUUUAAAAAUCCAUUGGUCCCAAAAUGAUAAAUACACCUUUCUCUCUUCCAUCUGUCAGUUUCAGUUGUUCAAUGUCCAGGGAUUUCUUUUUAGAUACUGCAUUAAAACAAGGUUAUAUGUGUUUUAACAGCCUCCUCUUGAGUACAUAAGAUGAGACCUGACUAUCUGAUUUCUGGAAAGGUGGUCUUUUCAUUUCUGGAAGAACACUAAAUGGCAAUGUGAAGUAAAAGUGCCUGUUCCUAGGAAGCCACGUAUUGUAUAGGUAGUCACGCAGCAAGACAUGCUGAAGGCUAAAAAUGAAUGCACAAGAUGAGUGAGAACUUGGGGGCUCUUCAGGCUGAAGCACAAAGAUGGUUUUCCUGGGCACCAGCCACUGCUCUUCUGGGGUGGUUUUAAAAGAUGAACAAACCAACCCUACUCGGUUGUUUUCCAGGCCAAAUGAAUUUAUAGUCAUUCAAGUAAAAAUGCUAAAAGUCUACCCUUAAACUGUGAAAAUCCCAGAUAAAGAUUCCAGCACCCACAGACUGCAAUUACAGAGGCUAAAGCCACUUUAGGUGAGGGACACUGGUUCCGGGUCACAACCUGACAUGUUGUAUGUAGCCCUGCACCUGUGCCUUGGCUCCAGAGUCCCUCCCCAGGUAAGAUGCCAGAAGUCAGUUCCUCUUCUGGGUCCUUUGACCUCCCAGCCCCAGAAGGUGGCUGUUUGGCAGAGGCUCCUUCAGCAGAUCCCUCGCUGACACCCAGCUGAGCCACCGUCACACAGUGUUGUGCUGCUUUGGGGAGCAAAGGGAACAGACAGACCCAGCUUGGGGGAGCUGCCAGGCACCUUGCAUGUGGCAAAAUGUUUUCAUCUGUCUGGAGGAAAGGGCUGUUUUGCUCACCAGGCUGUUUUGGGUAUUCAGGUUGAAUAGUUUGGUCAAAAAUACACAUACAUUUUCUUAACGUUUGGUUUUGUUUCAGGAUGCUGAAGAAUCUGUGACUUGCCAUUGUGUAUCUGGGGACAAGUGGGAGAACACUGAUGUUUUAUUAGUUCUUAAAAAGCCUUGACGCUUUGAAAGCCUGAAAAUAUCACGGUGUGAGGUAACUGAAAUCCAAGGGAAUUUUCAGAUAUGUCUAGCAGCCUUCCCUGCCCAGGUAACGCUGAUAAGCACUAUUGUUUUAAUUAAGAUCCCCAUCAUGAAAUAAUUUUUGCUACUUUAGUAAAAUUCUGGCAGUGCUUUUCAUGAAGUAGGUAGCAACAGAUAAAAUAAUGGAGCCUCAUUGACGUGGUGGACAAACCAGUUUAAAUCUCUGGUUGAGAUCAGCCCUUCUGGAGGGAUGUGUCAGUCUCACGGCCCGGGGAGGUGCUGGAUGGGGUCAUAACCAGUGCCAGGUGGGAACAGUAACACAUUAUUAACCAUGGCUGUUGAUCUUCAUGUUCCUCUGUGCCAAUGUAUGUGGAUUUUAAUGUAGUUAUUUCCAAAGCAACAGCCGUGCCUGGAGUAAUCCCCAAAUGAGCUUGAUUUCUGCCUUUCUCCUUUGGAGGGUAUUAAACAGUGCAGUAUUUAUUGAUGAGUGAGUGUACCUGUGCAUUAAUUAUCCUGUGUAAUUGACUUAAAAAUGAAAAAUUAGAUGGUCCAGUACUGUAAUAUUAAGAUGAUACUUUGUUGCAGUUUUUUAAAUUGUAUAAAAGCUCAUUCUGUUUCUUUCUGUGUAACAAACUGUUGUCCACAAAACAAUCUCUCUGUGCAUAUAUAGUUGUCUUUGCUUCUCCCAGUUUAAAUCCUCCAGACGUUUUGAAAACAAUGCAUAUAAUAAAAUAGUUUCCUUAACAAAAAA